GACCUCAGUCCCAGCCCCGGGCCGUAUUAUGCCUGAAGGGCCCUUAGGUUUUCUUAUCUGAAAAACGGGGCCAGUGAGCCCCUAUCUUACUGGGUUAUGGUGAAGAUUUUGAUGCUUGUAGAACGGUUUGGCAUGAGAAAUAGUCGAAUGUACCAACAUUUAACUCCGCAUCUGACGCUGGACUAAGUACUUCAACUCACUGAGUUUUGACAGCAACCUUAUCAGGUUGACUCUUUUGUAAGCCCUCUGUAUAGAUGAGAGAACUGAGGCUCAGAGAGGAAUGCUUUAACAAAAGUCAAAAUGCUAGCAAGCAGAGUCCGGAUCCAAGCCCAAGCACUGUGCCCUAAGCCAGAGGGGUUAUGAUUACUACUGACACCAAGGACUAGAAAUUUCUAUACAUUCAUCCUGUAGCCCCACCUGUGCCAGUCACUGGGGUGGUAAAAACCCCUGUAAGAGCCCCAGCUCCUAAAAAUGGGGUACCCUGCAAACACUUCCCAGUGUCUUACUUCGUCGAACCUCAGAAAGUCCUGUCACCAUCAUAGACUCUUUACAGAUGAGGAAGUAUAAGUUCAGAGACCCUCAGACACUGGCUGAAGUCACCAGUUAGGAAGGAGUGGAGCUGGGAUGCAGGCCCAGGGAACUGUGCCCCAAAGCCUGAGUGGGCACUUUUCUGUUUGGUUGACAAAAGCAUUUUUAGGUUGGAAAUGACCUUGGGAAAAUCUGGUCCAGGGACGCACUUCACAGAUGGAGGAUCUGUGGUAAAGAGAUGUUCAGGGUCAUGGUGGAAUAGUUUACAUCUGGAACUUUGCACCCCAGCUUCGCCUCUGAGCCUGGGCAAGUUACUUAAGCCCCCAUGUCCUCGUUCGUCAACUGCAGAUAAUAGUGACCUAAUACAGAUGAAACAAGGCAGUGAUGUCAGACUGGAUAGAGCGCCUGGCAUGCAGUAACUGGUAGAGGGUGCACAGCUAAGUGGCAGAAACAAUUAGAUACUUCCUGACUCUAGCACAGGGAGCCAAAUAACUACACCCACAGGCCAAAACCAGGCCACGGCCUGAUUUUGUACAGCCUGACAGCUAAGCAUGGUUUUGACUUCAUAAGUAGUUGGGAAAAAUCAAAAGGAAGUAUAUUUUGUGACAGGUGACAACCAUGUGAAAUUCAAAAUUCGGUGUUCAUAAAUAGAGUUUUGAUGAAAUGCAGCCAACACCCAUUUACAUAUUGUCUACAGCCGCUUUCCAGCUAUGACGGCAGAGUUGAGUCAUUGGGACAGAGGCAGUUGGUCCGCAGAGCCAGAAAUAUUUACUGUCUGGUCCUCGAUAGAGAAAAUUUGCCAAUCUGCAUUCUAGAAUACGCUUCAGUCCCUCGUAGCAUCUCUCUUUGGUGUCAAGUAGAACUUUGUUUUAUUUUACCUAAAAGUCUCUCCUGCAAAUAUACAGGAGGAGGGUGGUCACCCACCCCCAGCGCAAGGAACCUUCCAUCUGUCAUGUGUCACCUGCAUUAAUACUUAGGAAACUUCAACCGUGAGUGGUUCACGCUGUCAGCAUUUAGCAGGGGCUAGGCACUGUCCCAGGUGCUGGAGAUACACACAGUGCAACCUGGCAGAGGAGACAGACUGCAUAGACAGGGCCAUGUGAUAGGAACCCCAGGGGAGAAGUGGCUUUAGAUCAGGUAGUCAGAUGAGGCCUCCGCCAGAGAUGAUAUUUGAGCUGAGAUCUGUGACAGAGAACAGACAGCCUGUGGAAGAGCAUUCAAGCCCCUUGGCCUGCACCUGCUGAGCCUUCGAAGGCAGCCAGGGAGCCAGUGCAACUGCAACAGAGGGAGGGAGAGGGACUGUGGCAGUCAAGGGCAGAGCCAGGAGACCAGAGAGGAAGCAGCUGCGGUUCGGACAAACACCGCUCUCUGGAGGACCGUCUAAGCCGCUGCUGCCACACACAGCCCACGGCAUCUUCGGCAGGAAGACUUGGCCCCUCCACCAGGCUCCCUGGGAGGGCAGCGCUGGGCAGGGGGCUGACCCUGCACAAUCCGUGUCCCGUUGUGUUUUCAGAUCAGCCGUGCUGAGGGUGAGGACCGGUAGGCAGUUGCCAAGAUGGGUGAAAGGAAAGGUGUAAACAAGUACUACCCUCCGGAUUUCAAUCCUGAAAAGCAUGGCUCCCUCAACCGAUACCACAACAGCCACCCGCUGCGGGAGCGGGCUCGGAAGCUGUCACAAGGCAUCCUCAUCAUCAGGUUUGAGAUGCCCUUUAACAUCUGGUGUGACGGCUGCAAGAACCACAUCGGCAUGGGGGUUCGCUACAAUGCCGAAAAGAAGAAGGUUGGCAAUUACUACACAACCCCGAUCUACAGGUUCCGGAUGAAAUGCCACCUCUGCGUCAACUACAUCGAGAUGCAGACAGACCCCGCCAACUGCGACUACGUGAUUGUGAGCGGCGCCCAGCGCAAGGAGGAGCGCUGGGACAUGGCGGACAAUGAGCAGGUGCUGACGACAGAGCACGAGAAGAAGCAGAAGCUGGAGACAGAUGCCAUGUUCCGCCUGGAGCACGGCGAGGCAGACCGGAGCACACUCAAGAAAGCCCUCCCCACCCUGAGCCACAUCCAGGAGGCCCAGAGCGCCUGGAAGGAUGACUUCGCACUCAACAGCAUGCUGCGGAAGAGAUUCCGAGAAAAGAAAAAAGCCAUGCAGGAGGAGGAAGAGAGGGACCAGGCGCUGCAGGCUAAGGCGAGCCUGGCCAUUCCACUGGUGCCCGAGACAGAGGACGACCGCAGGCUGGCCGCCCUGCUCAAGUUCCACACCCUGGACUCCUACGAGGACAAGCAGAAACUCAAGCGGACAGAGAUCAUCAGCCGCUCCUGGUUCCCUUCCACCCCAGGACCCGCCACCAGCAGCAGCAAAGCUGGCAGUGUCCUGAAGAAGCUGGCCCAGAACCGCAGAUCAGCACCGGCCUGCUCCCCCAUCACUGUAGAGGACCUGGGCAUCGUACGGCGGCGGUCCCGGGAGGUCUCAGAGAGCCCCCAGCACACAACGGAGACCCCCAAGUCUGGGGAGCCAUGGGUGCCAGAGGGGAACACCCAGGAUGGGCCCACACCCCCCCGAGACUGCUCUCCGGAGACGGCCGAGACCCCCAAGAGCAGGGGGCCUCGGGAGCAGGAGGGGAAAUGUCAGGACAGGCCCCAGUCCCCACCAGGCUCCUCUCAGGAGGACAUGCUACACCUGUGCACCCUCAGCUCCUCUCUUGUGGCUGAUUACUCCGAUUCAGAGAGCGAGUGAGUGGUUCUGGGGACCAGACCCGCUCCAGAGGCUACGACUCGCCCAGGAGGCCCGUGGGACUGCAGCCCUGCUUGUCCACCAGCCCCCGGAGUGCUCCGAUACUGCCCCUCCCCAGACCUUGCCUUCCUGCAGCGGUGGAGUUAUUUAUUUGGUGCUGGAGAGGGUGUUUGUGCCUUGUGGGACAUCAUCCCAACAUUAAAGACCUGCUUCUUUGUC